UGUAAAUAUUGAGUACCUUUAGCUAGUACUUAUUUACUCAUUCGUUUAAAAUCCAUUAAGUUGUGUGAAUGGAGAAUUUGGAGUUUCUUAGCGUGGCAUUAUAAUAUUUUUUCAUAAUUCUAUAUAUUAAUGCUUCUUUUCGUUUUACAAAUAAAUUUGUCGUUUAAUAAAUCUUAACUAGAAGUCUAAUAACUUAAUUGCUUAAAAUGCAAUAAUAUUAUAAAGUAUUUCAUAUUUUUAAAUUAAAUUUUUAUUGGUUAGUUUUAAAUAUUUUCAUAAUGUCUCACUUAAAAUAUAUGAAAGAAAUAAAUAAUUUAACUCGCAUGGAUGAAACUAUUAAGGGGCCACUACCGCGUUGGCAGAAAAAAUGUUUAGAAACAUCAAAUUCCAGUGUCAACCUUAGUAUUAAUUCAUCAAGAAAAAUUACAAACGGAUCAUUUGCAAAUAGUACUACAGGAAAAACACCAACGAAAAAGAGUGAUGCUCGAAUGAAGAAAACACCAUCUAAAACUUCUAAGAAAUCUCCAAGUCGUGCUUCUACACCAGCUAAGACACCCAGUGGUGGUGAUAGAUUUAUUCCUUCAAGAGCAACUACUAAUUUUGAUCUUAGUUAUUAUAAGAUUCAACAACAACCAAAUACAGAAAAAAAUGAAGAGAAAGUAGACAAUAUAAGCCCUUCCAAAAGGGAAAUGCAGCGACUCAUGGGAGAAAAUUUACAUGGUGGUGAUAUUAAUCAGAUGAGAGUUUUGUCUUAUCAAAAUAAAGCACCAGCCCCUCCAGAGGGUUAUCAAAAUCCAUUGCGUGUUGUGUAUAGCCAAAGUAAAACACCAGCAAGCAUAAAAGCUUCUACAAGAUAUAUACCACAAACUCCUGAUAGAAUACUGGAUGCUCCAGAAAUUGUUGACGAUUAUUAUUUAAAUUUAAUUGAUUGGUCAGAAAAUAAUAUUCUGGCUGUAGCAUUAGGUGCUAGUGUAUAUUUAUGGAAUGCAGCAACUGGGACUAUUGAACAGUUACUUGAAUUAAGUGGCAAUGAUUAUGUUUGUUCUGUUGCAUGGAUUCAAGAAGGUCCCUAUUUAGCUGUAGGUACUACAGUGGGAAAUACAGAAUUAUGGGAUUGUAGUCAAAUAAAAAGAGUACGUGUAAUGAAUGGUCAUGCGGCCAGAGUAGGUUCUCUUUCUUGGAAUUCACAUGUUUUGACGAGUGGUUGCAGAGCAGGACAAAUAGUGCACCAUGAUGUUAGGCAAAGGGAUCAUUUAAUAUCAACAAUUAAUGCACAUGCCCAAGAAGUAUGUGGUUUGAAGUGGUCACCUGAUGGAAAGUAUUUAGCAAGUGGUGGUAAUGAUAAUAUGCUUCAAAUAUGGCCAUCAAUCUCUGUACAAAGUCAUACAAACACACAACCAAUUUAUUCAUUAAAUCAACAUCAAGCUGCUGUAAAAGCACUUGCAUGGUGUCCUUGGCAGAAUAAUAUUCUUGCUAGUGGAGGUGGUACUGCUGAUAGAACUAUUCGAUUUUGGAAUUGUAAUACAGGUGCAUGUUUAAAUAUGGUAGAUACGAAGUCACAAGUAUGUUCUUUGCUUUGGUCUACAACGUAUAAGGAGAUUGUAUCUGGUCAUGGAUAUGCACAGAAUCAGUUAACAAUUUGGAAAUACCCCGCAAUGACGAAGGUCGCAGAACUUACAGGUCAUUCUAGUCGCGUUCUACAUUUAGCAAUGUCUCCAGAUGGUACUACAAUACUUAGUGCAGGAGCUGAUGAAACCUUAAGAUUAUGGAAAUGUUUCCUACCUGAUCCACACAAGAAGAAAGAUACAAAUGAAAUAAAAUCUGUUGCGUCUAGACUUAAGCAAUCGAUUCGAUAAUAUUUUUAUACUAACAGGCGAAGUAAUUUACUUCUAUAUAUUACUUCUUAAUCAAAUAAAUGACUAAUGACUCGUAUUUUAAUAAAUGUGAAAAUUAGUGAUAUAAUUUUUUAUGUUAUUAUUUAUUUUUUUAUUAAUAUAUUUAAAAUAAAAAGUCAAUAUUCAUAACUUAAAAUCCCGUCGCAAAAUGGUUGUUACCCACGUGCACUUAUGUAUAGACAGCGACUCCACUAUUUAGACGAAUCAUGGAUAGAAAUCAAAAUGGCGUCAAAGUAAGGUGUAAAAUACACUAAGAAGCUCAACUUUACAUAUAUAUAACUUUGGAGCUGUAGAUUCUUAAAAUUAAGACUUGCAUUUUUGGAUUCUAUGCAUUGAAAACUAAUAAUAUAUAAAUAAAAGCCAAUAAGUUAAUGUUCUCUAAACUGAAAUAAAGCCAAAGUCAGUAAUUGAAAAAAGCAUAACAUUGAAAAGAACUUCUUGCCUUUAUCUUUUGGCAUCUUUUUACCUUUUUCUUUGUCUUUGGUUGAUUUAUAUUUUUAAGUGGCUUCCGAAUCAUCAGAAACCGCGUUAAAAAUAAGUACAAUACAACUACGAAGAAAUGGAGUUGCAGAGGUGCCAGUUAAAAAUCGACCGGAACUCGGAUUCAAAUCGCGGGGAAGGGCCGAGAAUUGAAGAGUGAGAGCUGCUCGGUUACGAGUUACGAAUCCAAAACUCCAGCCCUAGCCCAGUUCCAACCGUGUUAGCACGGUUCUUUUAGUUUAUAUGCUGUUUUUGUAAAAACAUUUGACAUGAAAUGAAAUGCAUAACAUUAUUGAAAUUUUGAUUCUUUUUAAUUAGACUGUAAAAAAUUGGCAAAAAGAAAAAUAUAGUAAAUAAUAAACU